AUGUCGCGAGCCAGUUCCUCAUAUGUGCAUCUAUCGAAGAAGUUCGAAAGCCCUGAUAAUAUUUUUGUUGCUGUGCCUGAAAUAGGAACUCGUUAUUCGUUGAGAUUCGGCGCAACCAUCGCAACGCUUACAAACCCCGAGAUCUUUGUGGACAGAAAUCACGAUUUCCUCUAUUAUUGUUUAGUUGCUCCAGUUCAAACAGAAAGCGAUGGAUUUUGGAAUGCAACUCGCGACAAAAAAGCUUACUUCAAAUUCUCGAAAACUCUGUGGACCAAUGACGAAAUUGAUACAAAUAAUCUUCCGAGGAAAGGUGGGAUUGGUGCGAUCACAUUGUUCUUCUAUCUCGCUAGACGUACCAAAAUCAAGAAUGCUGCCCCUUUCAAGUUCACUUUGGAAAAAGUCUCCAUAACCGAGUCCAAAGAAAUAAAGGAAUCGAAUUUUCUAUCGAAUUUGAAGAAAGAUCAGAAUCACCACCUCCAUAUAUUAAAAAGUCCUGGAAUUUACCCUAAUAUUUUUAUUGAAAAUGUCGAUUUUAAAGAUUUUCGACCAUUACCAUCAAUAAAGAAAGACGAUGCUGUGAGUGAUGUAAGAUUAGAGGACGACGCUGUAUUUGUCAAGAAUUCAAAUAGUGAAUCGUCGUCGUCGUCAUUAGUCAAAUACAGCAUUAAAAAGGAGGAAAUUCAAAAACGCAAAGAUUCGCACGUGAUUAUAGAUUUGACAGGAAACUAUCAUCAUUUCGAUAUUGAUGAAUAA